CGGAGCGCUUCCCUCUUCCCACCCCUCUCCCUCCCUCGGCGGCCGCGGCUCCGCCCGCGAGGCGGAGCAGGCGCUGCCCUGGCAGCCACCGGGACGCGGUGGGGCGGCGGUGCCGCCAUGCUGGGCGCUGCGGGUCCCUUCCUUCCGCGUAGCCGGGACCUGCCCGAGGACCGGCGGCGCAGAGUAGCUCCGCUGGAGGAAGAACCCCCGGCGGGAGAGGAUGAGACGCUUCUCAGGGGCAUCUUCGAGAUCGGCAAGAGGAGCUGCGACGUGGUGCUGAGCGCCCGACGGCUGCGCUGGAGCCCCAUAGUGCCCGAGAGCCCCGCAGGUGAUUCCAGUACAGCUUUACAGUUGAAAGAGGAGAUUAUUGAAAUGAAGGAUGUAUUUUCAGUAAAAGUGAAACGUCGCCGUUUUGUAGGACAGAAGAGAGGUGGUACUUUGUUGGGUAUCACCAUUUUUAAAUGCUUGCAUAAAGAAGAAAAUAAACUAACAGACUGUGCUAUCCAUUUGAAUAACUUCAGUGAAGAUCAUUGUCAUUCAUGGUUUAGAUGUCUAAAGGAAAUUUUGAAUGGUUUUCAAAAUAGGCCAAAGUCCUUGAAAGUAUUUGUUAAUCCAAGCAGUCACAAAAGAGAAGCUAUUCAUAUUUAUUAUGAGAAAGUGUCACCGCUUUUUAAACUUGCUGAUAUAAAAACUGAUGUCACAGUAACUGAAUAUGAAGGACAUGCGCUGUCAGUACUUAAAGAAUGUGAACUCCAGGCAUUUGAUGGGGUAGUUUGUGUUGGUGGAGAUGGAUUUGUCAGUGAAGUUGCUCAUGGUCUACUACUUAAAGCCCAGAUUGAUGCUGGAAAAAGCACAGACUACAUAGCGGUGCCUGUCAGAGCAUCAGUCCCUCUUGGAGUGAUACCAGCAGGUACUACUAAUAUUUUGGCCUACACCCUCUAUGGUAUCAAACAUGCAGUGACUGCAACGCUGCACAUCAUAAUGGGUCAUAUCCAACCAGUAGAUGCCUGUACGUUCAGUACUCCAAGCAGGCUUUUGCGUUUUGGGUUCUCAGCUAUGUUUGGUUUUGGUGCAAGGACUCUAGCUUUGGCUGAAAAGCACCGUUGGAUGCCCUCAAGUCAGCGAAGGGAUUUUGCUUUCGUCAAAACACUGGCAGAUCUCAAGACAGAGAAAUGUGAAUUAUCAUUUCUACCUCUACAAAUUCCACAGGAAGACUCUUGUGAGAAUGGCGGAAAGAAGAAAGGGAAAAACAAAAAAAAAGGUAGUAAGGAUCAAUGGCACAAAAUUCAGGGUGACUUCCUGAACGUGAGCAUUAUGGCAAUCCCUUGUCUGUGUUCAAUGGCACCAAGAGGCUUGGCACCUAAUACGAGGUUAAAUAAUGGAAGCAUGGCUCUGAUUGUUGUGCAGAAUACCUCCCGAACUGAGUUUAUAAAACACCUGAAAAGAUAUGCCAGUGUGAAAAAUCAGUUCAGUUUUCCUUUUGUUGAGACAUACACAGUUCAAGAAGUAAAAGUGCAACCGAGAAUCAAAAGUGGGCUUGAUGCCAAAGAAAAUACAGAUUUGAAUGCUACUGCUGUAGAUGAAAACUACCCUUGGAAUAUAGAUGGGGACUUAGUAGAAGCAUCGGAAGUUCAUGUUCGGGUGCAUCCUCAACUCAUUAAUCUCUAUGGAGUGAACACAGAUGAUCUGGAGAGUUCCAAAGCAACAUGCAACUGCAUAUAGAAGGAACACACUGAAUGUUCUGUAUGAGUCCUUGUUACACCUGAUUGCUUUUCUUUCUAAUGUCCAAUUCUUGCACUCAAUGAACUCGGUUGUAAUAAAAAGGAUUUUUAUUAUAUUUCUGGUUUAAAAAUUUUAUCAAGUUAUAUAUGACUGUGGAAAAAAGUUAAUGAGGCUUAAGAAGAAAAAAUGAUUUUGCUGAUUUCUUUAAUAAAUCAUGGGUUCUGAAAUGAUCUAUCAGAAUAAACGGAAAGAUUUUGUUAUCUUUAAGAUUAUUCAAGCUUCUGCAGUAUAUUUAAUACAAAGUAUUUUUGAGUUUGCCCUUGUUACCAUGUUGUCAGGUAGCUCAGUUCAAACAGAACUAGUGAGAGGAGGUAAGAUAGUGCUCACAGUGAGGAAUAGUGGCAAAGUAUAGAUCAGGUAUUUCCAGUUGUAGGUAUCACUUACAAUGCUGCCUUACUGCUUGUUUUCAAAUUGGUUUUUAGUCAAACAGUAAUGAAAAAGAACAUGGAAAUGUGCAGUUUCUUUGGAAGGCAUUUUAAUGACUACUCAUUGUACAAAGUAAAAUAAAAAUAAGAAAUUAAACUAUUUAAUGUAUUGUAGAGCUGAUGGAGUACUAAUUAUAAUUUUUAUUGUUGCUGAGAAUAAAUUUGUGAUAAAUAA